CUCUCUCUCUCUCUCUCUCUCUCUCUAGAAUUCUUUGUUUGUCUGAAGAGAAAUGCCACAGGUUGAUCUAGAAACACUAGUUUCGGUCUACGGGGGCGGCAAUAGCGACAGCAAAAUUACCUGCGAGACCCUCGCCGACUCUUCCGAUAACUUGCCGGAAUAUCAAGAAGUUCCCGACGCCGUCGCCGACGUCCCUCCUGAUUUCCCACCAGAAUCGUUCUGGCUCUCCAAAGACGCCGAAUUCGAUUGGUUCGAUAGAAAUGCUUUCUACGAGCGCAAGGAGUCCACAAAAGGAAACUCCAAUUCGACGAACUUGAAUCCUAAUGUGCAUCCGGGGUCGAAUUCGAAUUCUCAGAGAUUUUCGUUGAAUUUGAAGUCGAAGGCUUCCAUUAUCGGAUUGCCGAAAACUCAAAAGGCCAGUUAUGUGGACGUCAAGAGAAGAAACUGUAAACCGCCGAAUAUUAAACUGUUUCCGAAACGGUCUGAGUCGCUUGGCAAAUCGGCUGCUACCGAACCGUCGUCGCCGAAGGUUUCGUGCAUGGGAAGAGUAAGAUCAAAGAGAGGUCGCCGGAGAUCAUCAGGAUCGGUGAAAAAGAAAGAAAAAGCGGUUGAAAAAUCAAGGAUCGGUGAGGAUAAACGGAAAACCGGCUUUUACUCUCGUUUGAUUGCAAUGUUCAAGGCCGGAAAACAUAGAAAAACAGCGGUCCGAACCGGCUUUGAAAGGAAGGAGCAAACGAUGGAAUCGCCAGCGAGGAAGAGUUUGACUGUGAAACACAGGGAUAAUAGCGUAAGUGCUGAACCGGUAGCUGAGCCGCCCGGUUUGGGUGGGAUGAUGCGGUUCGCGUCCGGUCGGAGGUCCGAAUCGUGGAGUGUUGAGGAAGUUGACGUGGCAAAUACCGAUUCGUUGGAUUUGGAGCGGCGUGUGGGGAAUAGAACAAGUGGGCCCACCGGAAGAAGUUGAUUGCGGUCGUCACACGGCGAGCUUUGGUCUAUUGAUUGUUUUACCAGGUAUUACGCCUUAAAAACAUUGGGGGUUCGAUUUGUGAGACUUUUUUUAAUUGGGUUGUAAAUGUAAAUACGAGUGUUUUUGCGGUAAAGAUGUGUAAAUUUUUUAUCGUUUUCAUUUACAAAUAAAAACAAUU